CUUGGAUUAAUGGCAUUGAUCUCGAAGAGGCAAUUGAAAUUACUAAAAUUAUUCCUUCUUUCACCAAUCAUCGAACAGAUCCUGAUCGUAUCAUACAUUGCCUGUAUAAUGAUACUGUUGAUUUUUAACAACGAUGUGAACUCUAGUUUGGCGAGAGGUACCGCCCUUGAUGAGCUUCAGGAUUAUUUUAAAAAGGAGAAGUUUCUAAAUAUUUCAACAAUUGAUCGUAGCACUGUUUCACCAACUCCAGUUGAUAAUGUUGAGUAUGACUUUUAUGAUUAUAUGAGCUUCAUGUUUAAAGACAGACUUUUUGCUCAGAAGAAAUCAUCUUUCAUAGUUAAGGGAGUGGUAAGACUUGCUCAGGCAAGAGUAAGCACACCUGAUUGCGACUUUGCCUCUUUUUCUUCACCAUGAGAUACUAAUUGCUAUAACACCUUACACUCAAAGGUAUGUUCUCCAUUAUUCAAAGUAUCCACAGAUGAUUCUGAUUUUGUAAGAACGAGUGGAUGAGCUUUUGAAAACUGUACUGAAUACAAAAUGCACAAUCAGAAAACAGCCGAUGAUGAUAAGAUUGCUACAUAUUAUGGUGAUUAUGGGCAGUACGAUGGAAAUUACCUCUAUGAAGCUGACUUUACCUACGAGACUGAUUACACAACUGUUCUUAACACUUUGAAGGCAAAUUCAUGGAUAGACCAAAACACCAAGGCGGUUCUUUUGAGGUUUACGGUCUAUAAUUUUUGGACCAAAAUGUAUUAUCAUGUCGAAGCUACCCUUGAGACACCAACUUAUGAGUUCUUUGAGAAUACGUAUUACGCUAAUCACAUAUCUCUUGAAGAGAAUGAAAGUGGAUUAGUAUUUGUUUGAAUAGUUAUCUUAAUACUCAAUUGUUUGAUUUACAUUGGAAAGAUCAUUUUUGAACUCUCAAUAGGUCUUAGUAUUAUCACCAAUCUUCUAGAAGUCCUUAAUAUCGCCUUUAUUUUUGGGAUUUCUAUAUGAAAAUUGGUCCAAUUCACUUUGGAAAGUGAGUUUGAUGACGACAAACUUAACGGGGAUAAAUAUUUAAACUUUUAUAGUCUCAUCAAUAUUGAUAUCCUUCUGAACUCUCUGGCAGUAAUUUGUGGUAUAUUUAUCCCAUUCAGAUUUUUCAUCCUCUGCUCUCAUUUCCAAUUCUUCAAGCCUUUUGCUGCAAUUCUUGCGAUAUUAUACCGUAUGAUGGCAGGCUUGAUGAUAUUUAUCAUAAUAUUUGCUAUUUUCAUAAUUUCAUGGACUUCAGUAUUGUUCUUCUUCUUGCAGCCUUACUUAUUCAAAUUCAGGUCUUUUUCAAGUUCCCUAACUGCAGUACUAAUCUACGAGUUUUGGAAUGAUGAUGACUACCAAUACUUAGUACGUAGAGAGCAGUUCACUACUAUUUUCUCGAUCAUAGUAGUCAUCGUAGUUUUCUUAAGAAUCUCAAUGCUCUGCUUCUAUAUUUCAAUGUGUGUUUUCUUAUAUAAAUAAAGCGGCAGCUUUUGAGAAAUUAGAUGUGGAAACUCCCGCCCAGAAAAUGCAUAAUGAGACUAUUGAUGAGAUGAAGGAUACCCUUGAGAAAAUGUAUAAUAUUAAAAAAGAAGAGCUAAAGGACAAAGAAAAGAAGUUUAGAGGCUCACAAGACAAGAAAAUAAUUGCAUGGAUGCUUAAUAGGAAGAAGCAUUUGAAUGAGAAAGAGAGACAAGCAUUCUUUAAGAAACUCAAUCCUAGUUUGAAGAGAAAUGACGAUGACUUAGAUUUUGAAUCAGAUUACAAUCUUAAUGAUGAGGAGGGAAAGCUAAUUAAAUCUUCUAAGCGUAUUUUGAAUGAUAAGAAUUCUCCGAGCAAGAGCACAUCUCCAGAAGAGGAGAGUAAAUUUAUCCAGACAAUUCAGUUUGAAUAUCCUUUCCAGUUGAAAUCAUUCUUGAAAUCUCUGUUUCAGUUAAAACCCAUUUUGAUCAGCUCUUAUUCUGUCGAUAAAUUCAGGAUUGUAAUUGAGAAUUAUGUGAAAGAUACAAAUUACACUACUCUUAAUCUAAAUGGACUGGAUGAAAUCAUACAAUUUUUAAAAGACAUUGGCUGCAAAGUCCCAGUUCUGUUAUAUUCAGGAUGCUCGAUACACCCAGAGAUCAUUAUGAAACUCAGGAAGAAAUAUUCAAUGUUCAGCUGUACAACCGACCUCAAUGUUGUAAUCAAAUUCUGCAAAAUGGAGCCAAUUGAACAUUUUGUAGAGUAA